AUGAUGGAGGAUCAUGAAGACAAUGGAUCAACAAUUGACCUUGAAGCUCAGGGGAGUUCACCUCUGCUAAUGAACGAUGAAUUAGCUACUUUUUAUGGUUUGAUGAGGAGGUCAGUACUCCUUCUCCGAUGUACUCACAGGUUCAUUGAAGCUGGAGCAAGAUCUCUUUCUCGAGUGUCGUCGUCAUCGUCAUCCUCCACCACAAUCUUUUAUACUCCUCUGAGCAGCUUUGAUAUUCAACCUGGCGGAGAUCAUGAAAUCCAGAUUGAUGAAAUUGUGGCAGCUUCACCUGAUGGUGACUGGCGUGUUAGUACUGUACAAUCAAACAAUGAUCACAUCGAGAUUGAGCUUCAGCCUCAUGAGAGUCAUCAACAAUGCUUACAGAUUACCAAGAUUAAUGAGAUUGUGAAGGAGAAGAACUUGGAUUCACUUGACAAUUUUGGAGGAGUCACGGGGGUAGCUGAAGCAUUGAGUAGUGAUGUUGACAAAGGAAUUCAUGUUGGAGACAUUUCUCGCCGCCGCAAGGCGACAAACUUGUCUAAUCACAUGAUCUUCCGACAAUUGGUAUGCAAGGAACCAACUAUUUUGCUCCUUCUAGUUGCUGCAAUACUGUCUUUUGGCUUUGGAAUCAAUGAAGAAGGUGUGCAGAAUGGUUGGUUUGAAGGAGCAAUUUUGGUUGUGAUCAUACUUGUGACUGUUUCGUUUAAGUUAGCACGAAAUUGGUACAAAAGACGCUGUUGGAAGAAGCAAAAAGAUCACAAAGCAAACGCGAUACAAGUUAUUAGAGGAGGCAAUGAAGUGCCAAUCUUGGCCUCAGAUCUUGUUUAUGGUGAUAUAGCCUAUGUGAGGAAAGGACAUUCUGUUCCUGCACAUGGUUUAUUUGUUUCGGGUGAAAAAGUAGAGUUGUUCCAUCUGGAUGAUGGACUAGUGUCUAUCGCCAAUGAGCAAAGUCCAUUUUUGUCUCCUGGUUCUAAGGUGAUUAAUGGUGAUGUUAGAAUGAUUGUUACAAGUGUUCAGAUGGACAAAGCAAGCCAGAAGAGCAAGAUUUCUGAGACGGACUCCAGUUUUUGUGCCUACUUUGACAAGUUGAACAAUUACAUACAUAUUAGUGGGCUGUUGAUUGGCAUUUUGAUCAUCGUGGUGGUGUUCAUUCGCUUUAAAUUGGGCGAUAAAGAUGAUGAGAACGGAUAUAGAUUGGAAACCAAGGAAGAACCUGCUGAAAUUGCACGGAUAAUGAAUGCCGUGAAGAAGGUUUUAACAGAAUCAAAGGGAACAGUAAGAGUUUGGAUAACUUUAUCGGGUGUCACACUGCUGGGGAUGACUGAAGGAAUACCGUUUCUUAUUUCAAUUGCUAUGGCAUAUUGGCAUUCGAAUUUUGAUGUCAACAUGGAAUCAGUCAGCACCCUCUGUAUAGAAAGUGCUAGCUGGUUGAAAGAGCAAAGAAUGGAAGUUACCCAAUUUUUUCUUGACAAAAAAGAUGUUACCAAGAUACCGCCACAUGUCUGCAGUGUUCUCUCUGAUGGAAUUGGAAUUGGUGUGUCCACUCAAACAGCCUACCACAGAAUAGAAGAACCAAUACUCUGUUGGGCAGAGAAGAACAUGGGUAUGGAGAGAGACACUUUGAAUCAGCAGUUCACCAUAGUGAAGGACAAUGAUAAUGAGAUGAAUCCUUUUGAAGAACCUUGUGGGGUUGUCAUACAGAAAAAUGGGGACAAUGGGAAAGAAUACUAUUCACACUUCAAGGGCCCUGCUGAUUCAAUAUUGGCAAUGUGUUCCAAUUACUAUGACUUGAAGGGUGAAGUGCAGGAUUUGGAUGACAAAACGAAGAGUGACUUUGCUCAGGCUAACAAAAACGUGAACGUAGUUGCAUUUGCCUGCAAACGUACUCAGCUUGCUGAACUUGAUAAAAAUGGUCUAACAUUCAUUGGUAUGUUUGUCUUAAAAGAUGCUUUCAAUCUAGACAACAUGAGGCAAGCAAUUGCAAUUUUGAAAGAAGGUGGAGUGAAGAUCAUAUUUGCCUCGGAAGAAGAUGUUGAAGUACUUCGUACCAUUGGUAAUGACAUGGGACUGCUCAGCUCACACGAUGCUCUAGUGGUUAGGGGCGAAGAUUUCUACAACUUCACCGUAGAUGAUAUAAAGGAAAAAGUUGAGAAAAUUUGCAUUAUGGGGAAUUCCUCUCCCGCACACAAGCUUCUUUUGGUAGAGUGGUUGAAGAAAAUAGGUGAAGUGAUGGCUGUGGUAGGAGAACAAGCAGCAGCUGAGAGUAAUCUGGUUCUUGAAGCAGCUCAUUUUGGCCUGCCUGUGGUGACUAACUGGCCUGAAACUAUAACUCACGCGAUUAACAGUAUCAAGGGAGGAAGAAUUGUUUGUGAGAAUCUGAGGCAAUUCAUCCAACUUGAGGUGAUCUUGGCAAUUACUAGCUUAUCAAUUAACUUCAUACUGGUUAUGUUAGACGGAGAUGCCCCGUUAACGACCAUCCAGUUGAUAUGGGUUUACCUUCUUGUUACAUUUAUUGGAGGCCCAACUUUGCUAAUUCAACAGUCCACAAGAAAACUAAGGGACGAACUAUCCAUCAGACCAAGAAAACCGCCAAUUACCAAGGCCAUGUGGAGAAACAUACUUUUUCAAGCUUCUUAUCAGACUAGCAUUUUUGUAUUUCUUCAACACAGAGGAAGUGCAAUACUGGGCAUCAGUCCAAAAGUUAAUAAAUCCACAGUCUUUAACGGGUUCGCUUUAUGCCAGCUUUUUAACAUAUUCAGUGCAAGGAAGUCGGAGCAGAAGAACUUUUUCAAAGGUCUGGGUCAAAAUUACUGGUUUUGGGCAGUGUCUGGGCUCUAUCUUGUGUUGCAGUUGGGAUUCAUUGAAGUAGAGCCUGUCUUUGUCUUUAGCAACACGGCACGACUGAAUUGGAAGCAGUGGGCUGAAUGCAUUUUUAUUGGAGCUGUUACAUGGUUGUUGGAUUGGAUAGUAAAAUGGGCAUCAGAAUACAUAAAGAUAGAUAAACUUGACUGUGGAGUUUUUCACCUAGCUAGAAUCAAUUGCUGUUACGGUGGACCAAGAAGUACACCAAAUUCAACUCUUCCUUCCUUGGAUUCUCCACUAGUGGAAAGGGCUGGAUAACAAAUCAUGCGUCGUGUGAAACCAACCAAGCAUAGAGCUAAUACUUUGGUGGAUUAAUCGUGUUGCAGUAGCUUUAAUUUUGAGUACAUAUUUUAAUUUCCACUGUAGUCUGUAUGUUAAUUCUUUCAUCAAGUUUUUCAGUUUCCCAGAUGUAUUGGAUGGAGAAAUAAAGAUGUAAAUUCUUGUUCUUGUUCUUUUCACUUUUAACUAAAUUCAAGAAUGCAAACUAAAUUAUAUGCAGAAAGCAAGAAUUGUAUGAAUUUCAAACAUAAGGAAAUUUGCUCAAAAUAAAAAACAAAGCUAGUCAGUACACAUUCUGCUAAUUUACUCGUCUAAGAAGAUUAACACUAUCGUAUAUGCUAGA